AUGGGAGCGGCGACAAGGAAGAUUGUCGGUUGCAUUCAUCCUUCCGCCCGGGUGCUUCGCGACUUCGCUCGUACGAGAGUGGCUNNNNACCGUCUCGACAAUUUCCGUCUCGACCCAUAA